AUGACGCGCCACCGGGCCUCGCCUGCCUGCUGCGGGGAGGGCGACGGGUUGCCCCCCAGGACCUUCCACAGCUACCUGCCCCGCUCCCACCGCACCUACAGCUGCGUCCACUGCCGGGCCCACCUGGCCAGGCACGAGGAGCUCAUCUCCAAGUCCUUCCAGGGCAGCCAUGGCCGUGCCUACCUGUUCAACUCCGUGGUGAACGUGGGCUGUGGCCCGGCGGAGCAGCGGCUGCUGCUGACGGGACUGCACUCGGUGGCUGACAUCUUCUGCCAGAGCUGCAAGACCACCCUGGGCUGGAAAUACGAGCAGGCCUUCGAGAGCAGCCAGAAGUACAAGGAGGGGAAGUUCAUCAUCGAGAUGUCGCACAUGGUGAAGGAGAACGGCUGGGACUGA